ACCUCCUACCCGGAAAAGUUUCUGUGCGCGGCAACAGUGGAGGGAGUUUAAAAUUCCUUUUUGGAUCUAUUUAAAGUUUACUUUCUCGCUUAUUUUAUCGUCAGGAAGCGUUUCUGUUUUGGGGUUUCUACUAUUAGCGAGGAUCUGAAGUGAAGGAGUGAUGUCACUAUCAGGGGAACCUUGUGUUCAGAUUCCUCCAGAACCAUUACCAGUUACCCCAGUCCAGACCACAGAACUGAUCUGUCCUGAUCUGGACCUGUCUGUCUCUCUCACCCCAGAGCGACCUGCUGACCGACGCCAUCGACAGGUGCGUUUCAAUGUGAAUCCCCAGCGCGAGUCUGAUCCAGUGGUCCUCGCGGUGAUCCCAGAACCCAGAAACAACCAAUCAGCAUCUGGAAAACCUCAAAACAAAGAGAAUAACGGUAAUGAAGCUGGCACAGCGCAAAGUCGUCUAAUGGGUGGAGAGUCUGUAACAUGUGAUGGACAGCUGAUGGAGGGGGCGGAACUAAACACAACCCUGGCACUGAGGGCGGGGCUUCAUGAAAUGGAGGAGCUGGUGUUUGAUCGCGAGAAAGCGGUUAAAGAGAAAUUACAAAGCUCCACCCUCAUAAAGAGUCACAUCAGCACCAGAGCAACAGAAGGACUAAACUUUCCUCGCUCUCAGCACCUGUACCGGGCUUUAGUCAGCGUCAGCCUAUCACACGAGCAGCUCGUCAGCCAGGCAUUACGGGAUAGGCCGGCACUGGCCCCGCCCACCAGCUCCCAGACCAAUAAGUUCUCUUCACAGCCACUGGAGGCGCCAGAUCUACUGCCAUUCUACAGUGCUGACAAGAUGCUCAGAGAGACCCCACUGUUGCCAGGCGACCACGUCUCUUUACCCCGCCCGCAUCCUACUCCGAGACCCACCAACACCACCUUUCACCUACAUCAUCUGCACAAACUCUGGGAAUCAUGAAC